UUUCCUCUGUCCAUUUCUGCUUCGAAUCGCCUUGUUCCGAUCCUCAUGACACAGGGACGUCUUCAGCUUCUGCUUGUUUUGCGUCAUCAUGUGACAGCCUCGACGAGUACGGAGCCGCAGAGAGAAGGCUGGAUCCCCCUGCUGCUGAGCUCCACUCCACCCCUACUCCUGCGAUCUCGGCAGCAGAGCGCCAUGUCUGUGGUGAAACUGGACGAGUGUCGAGAGAAGAUUCGCAAAGAGCUGAACAACGUCGUGGACUUUUGGCUGAAAUACUCCCAUGACACAGUUUAUGGGGGCUUCUUCAAUUGUAUUGGAAAGAACGGGACGGUUUACGAUGAGCUGAAAUAUGUCUGGUUGCAGGGAAGACAGGUGUGGAUGUACUGUCGCUUGUACAGAACAAUGGAAAGAUUCCACCGGCCUGAAAUACUUGAAGCAGCCAAAGCUGGAGGGACUUUCCUUCGGAAGUUUGCUCGUGUUUCCAGCAACAAUGGUCAGAUGAAGUGCGCGUUCUGUUUAACACGAGAUGGGAAAGCAGUGAAAGUGCAGAGGACCAUAUUCAGUGAGUGUUUCUACAUCAUGGCCUUGGAUGAGCUGAGCAGAGUCACCGGUGACAAAGACACUCAGCUCGAGGCUGAAAAGAUGAUGGCGCAACUCAUAUUCUGGGUUCAGGUUGACCCAACGGGUUUGGGCCGACCCGUGCUUCCUGGUGACAAACUCACCAACAGCAUGGCAGUUCCAAUGAUGCUGAUGUGUCUCGUGCAACAACUCACUGAAGGCCGCGGUCAGGAAGCAGUCUUGAAAUACAAAAAGUUGAGCAGCUGGUGUGUGCAGCAGAUUCUCCAGCAUGUCCAGAGAAAUGGCACAGCUAUCUUAGAGAAUGUUUCGUUGGAGGGGGCGGAGCUGCCAGGUUGUCAAGGCCGACUGCAGAAUCCAGGCCAUGCCUUGGAAGCAGGCUGGUUCCUUCUUCAAUAUGCUACUCAAUGGGGGGAUAAGGACCUGCAGGAGAAAGCCAUCAAUAACUUUGUGGAAUUACCCUUUCAAUAUGGCUGGGAUAAAGAGAACGGUGGCCUCUUCUACUUUCUGGAUGUGGAUGGCCACUGUCCCACACAGUUGGAGUGGAGUAUGAAACUGUGGUGGCCACACUGUGAAGCUCUCAUUGCCUUCCUCAUGGCCUAUAGCCAAACCAAAAGGCCCGGACUGCUGGAGAGGUUCUCUCAAGUUUACGACUACACAUUUACCCACUUUUCUGAUGCCCAACAUGGAGAAUGGUUUGGCUAUCUGUCACAAGAUGGAAAAGUAGUUCUGGAUUUUAAAGGAGGCCCCUAUAAAGGGUUCUUCCAUGUACCACGCUGCCUGUAUAUGUGUGAGCGAAUUCUGGAUGAUCUUUUGAAUAACGCGGCGUGAACGUGUUCUCCGUUGUGUUUAAUUGGGAAAGACACAUCUUUUUAAACUGUUGAAAAUCAAAAUAUAGUGAAUGUAUUUUUCAAGCAUUAAGCUUUUUUAAUGUUACUUAUUUUCACAUAACUUCAGCUGCAAAUGACUUAAGAAAUAAAACACUCCCCUGAUGAGUCUGUCCAUCCA